GGCUGCCUUUUUCCAGUUGAAGCUUUUCCUCUCUCUCUCUCUCUCUCUCUCUCUCUCUCUCUCUCUCCAAAAUCUCCAUCUCACUCUUCUUCUUAUUAAUAGCUCUGACUGAGCCUGCAGAACAGCGCAUAUUCUCCAUUUGUAGUCUAUAAAUCCAUUAGCAGAUUUGGAUUUGCUUCUCUCAAGCUUUGAUUCAGCUCCAAUGGCUAUUGAUGAAGACGUAGAGAGCUGUGGCAGCAGAGCCGCGCUCUCGUCCCACGCUCAGCCUCGCCAUCAGAGACAGAAGCUCGAGGUUUACAACGAGGUGCUUCGGCGAAUCCAACAGUCCAAUUUUGAGGAGGCUAAUCUUCUCGGAUUUGAUGAUCAGCUUUGGCUUCAUUUCAAUCGCUUACCUGCUCGAUAUGCAUUGGAUGUGAACGUGGAGAGGGCAGAAGAUGUGCUUACACAUAAGAGAUUGCUGCAAUUUGCAGAAGACCCUGCUAAUCAACCUGCCUUCGAAGUUCGCACUGUGCAGGUCUAUCAUGUCGGAAACUCUGUUGAUUCGGUCCAUUCAGAUUCUUCAAUGAUAGAAGAUGCACAAAGUUCUUUUAAUUAUUCUAACAGACAAGGGAUCCAUCCACCACCUACCUUUGGUUCAUCUCCUAAUCUUGAAGCAUUUGCACUUCAAGCAAAUAGAUACCAUGUUGAAGAUGGAGGUAGUGCAGUGAGUUCAACACCAUUCUUUUCUAGGCCUAUGCAUGAGAUCACGUUUUCAACAGUUGACAAGCCCAAACUUCUUAGUCAGUUAACUUCAUUACUUGCUGAGAUUGGACUGAAUAUUCAAGAAGCUCAUGCUUUUUCCACUGUCGAUGGAUUUUCUCUGGAUGUUUUCGUGGUCGAUGGUUGGCACUAUGAGGAAACCGAGGAGCUUAAAAGUGUGCUGCAAAAGGAAAUUUCAAAAUUAAAGGAGCAAUCUUGGUCAAAACAACAUCCAAUUGCUGCUAUUGGCGAGGACAACCAAACAAGGAAUGAGUCUUUCCCAGAUUGCAUAGAAAUACCAACUGAUGGAACAGAUGUCUGGGAGAUUGAUACGAGGCAGCUGAAAUUCGAGAACAAAGUUGGAUCUGGGUCAUUCGGUGAUCUGUACAGAGGCUCAUAUUGUAGUCAGGAGGUUGCCAUAAAAGUUCUCAAACCGGAGCGCGUCAAUGCAGAGAUGCUGAGAGAUUUUUCACAGGAAGUUUAUAUACUGAGGAAGAUUCGGCACAAGAAUGUUGUGCAAUUUAUAGGUGCAUGUACAAAGCCUCCAAACCUAUGCAUUGUGACAGAAUUUAUGUCCAGAGGAAGUGUGUACGACUUUCUGCAUAAACAUAGGGGUGUGUUUAAGCUUCCCUCUCUGCUCAAAGUAGCAAUUGAUGUUUCCAAGGGAAUGAACUAUUUGCACCAAAAUAAUAUAAUCCACAGGGAUCUUAAGACGGCCAAUCUUCUGAUGGAUGAACACGAAGUCGUUAAGGUUGCUGAUUUUGGCGUUGCCAGAGUGCAGACUCAGUCUGGAGUGAUGACAGCUGAAACUGGAACAUACCGCUGGAUGGCUCCAGAGGUCAUUGAACACAAACCAUAUGAUCACAAGGCAGAUGUUUUCAGUUUUGGAAUAGUACUGUGGGAGCUUCUAACAGGACAACUCCCUUACUCAUCGUUGACCCCAUUACAAGCAGCAGUAGGUGUGGUGCAAAAGGCCUUACGACCUACAAUUCCCAAGACCACUCACCCAAGGUUUGCCGAACUGCUUGAGAGAUGCUGGCAGCAAGACCCAACUCAAAGACCCCACUUCUCCGAUAUUGUAGAAAUCCUGCAGAAUUUGGCCAAGGAGGUCGGAACUGAGGGAGAAGAUCGACGUAAGGAUAAAUCAGGUGGUUUUUUCUCGGGACUGAGAUGGGGCCAUCACUGAGCACAGAAGAUAAGAGAAAUCUGAUUUUGUAUGUGGACCAUUUUCAUUGCACAAACCUUCUGCAUUGUACAGACUUUGCCAAGCAAUCACACAGUUUUUAUUGAAGUUCUUGUUUUUUC